AUGAAUAAUUUUAGAAAUUUAAUUAAUCAAAGUAUUAGAAAUUAUUCAACAACAACAAAUGUUGCAACUAAAACUAAAGUUUAUGAAUUAAAAACAUAUAAUAUUUUAGCAAAUAAUAUUCCAUCAUUUUUUGAAUUAUUAGGAGAAAAUAAAGGUUCAAAUAGUUUAGGUACUUGGGUAACUGAAAUGGGUAGUUCAAAUCAAGUUAUUAGUUUAGUUGAACAUGAAAGUUUAGAUGACAGACAAAUGAAUGAAUGGAAUACUAAAUUUCAAUCAAAAGCAGCUAAAUUAAUUGAAAAACAAGAAUCAUUAAUUCUUAGAGAAUUCCCAUGGGCACCAUUUCAAAAGAUUUCCAAUGAAAAAUCAAAUGAAAAUAAAGUUUGGGAAUUAAGAACUUAUCAAUCCAAACCAGGUAAAUUAGGUCAAUGGGCCAUCGAUUUUACAACAGGUUUCGCUGAAAGAAAGAAAAUCUCUGAACCAGUUGGUGUUUUCUAUAGUGAAUUCGGUCCUUUAAAUACAAUCGUUCAUUUAUGGCCAUAUAAAAGUUUUGAAGAUAGAUUUAGAAUUAGAGAUUUAGCUUUAAAAAAUCCAGUUUGGGUUGAAACUGUUGCUAAAACAACUGCAAAUUUAGAUUCAAUGGAAAGUAAAACUAUUAUUCCAGUAAAAUUAUAA